AUGUUCCCGCAGGGGCUAAUCGAUCAAUGGCUGAGCAAAUCACGUGAGGGUCGCCGCAGCGUGCGAGAGGACCCGAAAGCAACGCCUGCCAUCUUGGAAAACAUCAACCGUCUCGAGGAGUACUGCCGUAGACACCCCUACGACGUCUACUGCGCGAGCACGUUGCAGAAUCCACCCUUUGCCCUCCACGCACUGGAGUGCGAAGCCGCAGAGCAGCAGCGGCUCGCGCAGCCGCCGCCGGUGUUCCUAGUGACCGCCCCCUCACCCUCUGCUCACACGACGGCAUCCAAUGAGGUGAGGAGCGGUGUCUGUGGGCGGUACGCAGGCGGAGAGGAAUCUCGCGCGUCGGUGGUGGCUGCUGGUCAACACCUGCACCACGUCACCACGCGACUAGCCGCGUACCUGGAGUCUAGCGGCAUGUUGAGCAGUGCGGCAGGUCUGCAUGAGGAAGGGUCUCAGUGCAUCGCUGUGGCAGACUUCUUCGUGCGCUUGUUGUCGGAGGCGGCGGUGGCGGCCAUGUACCGACAGGGUGUCGCCGCACAGGUGGAAACUGAAGAGCGGGAGACCUUUCAGCAUCGCCAGUCACGGCGGCGGUUGCAACUGCGCGUUAACAGCGAGGACGUCAGUACUCGUCGGCGCCUGGAGUUGCCAGGCGGCAGGGGGACCGGCCACGAGGCAGCCCAUGAAUUCGAGGAUCCAACCGUGGCGCGACCCAUCGCCGACCUCCGGCGGUUGAGCCAAGGGCUCGUUUCACUGUGGGGUUUGCUGGCACAGACUGAGCGACACGGUGGACAGGCAGUCGGUGGACUGCCGUUGCAAAAACGCAGUCGCGACGGCGCCGCCGAUUCUGGCGCGGCGGACGACGAUGACAACUUGUGGACGCGCGUGCGUGUGGGCUGCCUGCGCCACUGGCUUGGCGACCGCGCCCCCCCACCCCCGCCGCCGCCCCUGGGCACCGCAGCGUUAGUGGAAACCAAACAAAAGGCGGAGGCAUCGUCGCCAACGCCGCCGGGCGGCACGUGGUCGAGCUGGCAGCUGCGCAUCUCCGAGCGUGAUGUAGAGUUUGCCCUGCGCAAGGUGGUCGCCGACGUCACGGCAUCAGCAGGUCCGUAG